ACACGUGUAGUUGUACACGUACAAGCUAGCAUUUCUAUCUUCGGAGAUAAAAUAGAACAGUGUAUUGUGUAUUCUAUGAUCGAACAGUCACCCCAGGGCGGGAAGGAUGCAGCGCCGAGUCGUUUAACAGAUACGUUGGAUUGCUGUACGUUGUGUAGCAUAUUUACAGUCUGCAACUUAUCUUGGAAGAAGUGCCCGAGUGUCAAAUAAGGGGCUUCGCGUGCUGGCACACCCACAUCUGCUCACUCAAAAUCACGCACUGUAUUGAAAAUUUCAGGGAACACGUCACGUAUGCGAAUGUGACGUUUCUUGAAUCCGUCGAUGUACAGUCAACAACUUGUUCCAGCGUACGUUGCCCUUUAUUCUUUAUGGUAAUCCCUGCUGGGCCAUCCGUUUUCCUAAAGGGAAAAAACUUCUCUCGCGUUGGCCUCGUUCGUCUUUGGGACCUCGGAGAAUCGACCAGGCAGCUUUUGGCGGACGAGUUUGUGGCAACUUGGCCUGCUCGACACGGGGAAAGCAAUUCUAUUAGGCGCAAAGAUUUUUCGCUUACACAAGAUUCUGUUCCGCUGGUACUCGUGCCGUUCGAUGGCCCGGACUCGGGAAAGCUCGUGCUUGGCUACGUUGUAAUUUAUUCGUCAAGUUCAAUUUACCGGAAUGAACAGAGUCGUGAAGGUGCGUUCAAGCGUGAAGAACCCCAUGAUAGUUGGGAAACGGUUGCGAACUGCUCUCUGAAUUCGGUUUUUGUUCCACGACUGUUUCGUGGAUGCCACCUUGGACAAGUAUUGGUGAAGCUAGCAGUCUACGUUGCCUUCAACGAAUUAAGGUUUGAAUGUGUUACAGCUUGGUGUCAGGCCGACAAAAUUUCGUUUUACUCGAGCUGUGGGUUGAAUAGUGAGCAACCAGGCAGUCAUAUGACUCCAGGUGUCGAACGAGAAAGAAAACUAGGUGAUAGAACUUUGUGGAAAACGGCCAUAUCAGAAAGUGUGCAUGGUGCGAACUACGCACAGUCAGUGGUUAUGCGGCAAAAUGGACUGUCUCACUUGGACUGGUGCAUGCGAAUUUUUAGAGUGCACUUAUCUGAUGUCUAGCGCCACCAGAUUCCAAGUGAAGCCAUUUGCCAGGUAAAGAAAUUUAAGUUAUUUUCAUCUUCAUCCGCGAGGAAUAAUACUAGAUAACCAUAGAAUUAGUUUGUAGUAAACGAGUUCUACGUAGUGGCGGCCAGCUGUACAGCAUUCGGCUCAGAGAAUACAGCGCUUUCUUGGAAAACAUCCACGUUUUCAGACAGCUUGCGAUAAGGCAAAGUAUGCACUUGGUGCGCUGGCAGUGCAAGUUUCACAGAGUGAAGGGCUGAAAGUUCUGGAAGAUGGUCACAUGUACUGGGUCUGCAAUGUGCGCCUUCAGAUUAGCAACAGGACCUGUGCCGGUGACAUCGUGCUGAAUGAAACAUCCCAUGGCGGCCACCAUAGCAAGCCUGCCGUUUGCGAUUUCUUUUGCUCGCAGGGCCUUCUCAUCUGCCACACUCUUUGCCAUGCCCAUGGGAUUAAAUAGACCACCGCCUGGGUACCCUACAUCACUUCCAGUACACUUCCUGUUCUCGUCGUAAGGGUCAGCGUGCACUGAGCCUGGAUUCUUCAUAUCUUGCCAGCGGCGAACUUCAGCCCAGUUCAUGAAAAACAUCUGCACUACAAAGAGAGUAUUUGCAUCAGCGAUAUAACCAUCGAAAAAAGGAGCUUCAGCCCAGUUUGGCAGAGGACCAUCAACAAACGGAUUUCCGACCAGUUCUGGAGCAGCCAUCCCAGCAACCCCGAGCAUAGCCCAGCGCGCAUGAACGAGUUCUGCUUGCUGAUACCACUGGAGAGCCACCUUAUCCUCUCCUGUUGUGAUCCAAGGUAAGGCAGUCAGAAAAACUAAGAGGCACGGAUAAACACUAAGUGUUACGGGUUGCAUUCCAUGCCAAUCAGCAGAUGUCUGCAUGCUGACCAGUGAAAAAAGUAAAAUCGAGUUUCACGGCGCGGAAAGGACACUGAAGAAAACAAGUAGUACUUCGGGGUUGCUCACCCAGACCGAGUGGAUCGAAGCCAUAGUCUCCAGCCAUGGUUCCGUCAAGAUGCUUUGGUGGAGUGGAACCAGGAAAAAAGUUCGGUCGGGCAGCAGCAGAAACGGCAAACAAACCAGAGCGAGUCGAACGUGAUACAAGUCGACGCCGCGCCCGCGAUAACUUUAGACUGCGAGAUUUGUGGAAAAGCGUCGGUUCACGUUAUCUUCGGUACAAUUUUUGGGGGGAGUGGGACAAUUUUUGUCCGCUCUCUUCAGGUAAAAACGCUAGGUAAACUCGGAAAGAAAGUACAUCCUGGUAGAUACGAACCUGUCAUUCGAGGACCGCGGGAUGGACGAAACGGCGAUGGUCAUCUUUACCAGGGAUUCACUGGCGCGUCGUUGAGAAGGCUCGUUCGUUCUAAAGUCAGGAAUAUGAGUUGAGGAAAGCUCGUACUGUAUCGAUUGGAGUUUGAGAUCGUCAUCUUUAAGUGUACUGUACAACUACUGUACACGUGUACGAAGGCACCUCCGGAAGUACGAAAGUACAAUAAACGCGUUGUACACAUAUGAUCGUACGUGUACAGCUGUACACCGAUACAGUAGAUAUCCCGGAUUAUUGCUAGAAUAUCUUCCUUCGUACUGUAUGAUACUAAGGUACUGUUCCUCCGGAAGUAUUAUCUUCGAGGGUACAGUACACGUACACUAAUGUUGUUUACGGAAGUAGCCAGAACUACGUUGUACGGAAGUACGAAAGUACUUCCGUACGAAAGUACGGAAGUACUUUCGUACUACAACGUUGUAGCUACCUUCGAAGGUAGCUAUCUAGCUAGCUAGCGAGCUAGCUUCGUAGCCAGUAAAUAAUACGAAAGUACUUUCGUAC